AUGGACGUCCGCAUCAUAAUCCUCUCCUUGUGCUUCCUCUUCGUGCAAUCAGAUUUUGUCAUCAAAAAGAACUGCAAAGACGUGGAUACGUCGCAGUGCAGCAUCCACAACGUAGCAGUGGACCCAUGUCCCCGCGGUCCGCGCCUCUGCGUCGUCAAACCUGACAAGGCCUACUCCGUCAAUGUUGACUUUACACCACAUUUUCCCGCAAAUAACAUAAAGUUGGCAUUAUACAGCGAUGAUAAGAAGACCAACACGUAUGACACUGUCAUCAAAACACCAGAGGAGGUCUGCGGACUAGUCAACUGUCCUCUAGAGGCAGAAGAGAGAAAGAACUUCGACGUACACUUUACUCUUGGCAAGAUGUUACCGGGCAAAUUUCCGAUCAAGAUGGUUCUCUGGAAUGAAGAGAACAAGUCUCAGCAAUGCUGUUUCACGUUUAAUGUUAAAAUAAGAAAAUAA